AUGAAACGGCUGCGGUUGAGAUACAGAAGAUACCACGCAAGCCAGGAGACAGGAUACGUCGAAGAUACCACGGCAGACAGGAGACGGCAGACAGAAGAUGGCAGACAGGAUAUCGAGACACGCGAUAUCCAACGAGCAACCCGUUUCAUCGUGCCGGGACAUGCUGUGAUCGGGGAUCAGCCUGUCCUGAUCACUGCCUUUGACGCUAGGAAUCUUGUCGAUGGAUGCUACGUCCGGCGCGGAAUGCGGGUGCUGGACAUGGGAGACAUGCUCUGGUCCAGGGCAGGCCUUCAUGCUUAA